AUGCGUCAAGCAUUGAUUCGAACACUGCGUCUGAACGCCACGAAAGCGUCUUUAGCUGGUGUACAAUGUCGGAUGAAGUCAACGCACGUUUCGGUGGUUGGUUUGCACUGGAAGACGGACGAGACGCGACUGCGCGAAGUGUUUGCCGAAUUCGGAACACUAGAAGAUGCCAAGCUGGUGAAACCUGAUCACUCGUAUAUGCACUUAUGGGCAUACCUGGUUUAUUCAACAUUUGAUGAAGCAUUAGAGGCAGCGAUUGAGAUGAACGGCCAGGAACUGGAUGGCCGUUUGCUGCGCGUGAGUAUCGUGGAUCCACCAGAAGAGGAUGAUUGA